CCUUGCGCCGCGCCGGGCCCGGCGGAGGCGACGGCGGCCGGAGGGAGCCGCGGAGCCGCGGUCUCUGAGAGCACCGUCAGGUUGUGAGCGGAGGAGAGGAGCGGAGCCGCGUGCAGGCCUCCUCUGGGGCAGCCCGUGGGAGGAUGGUCUGCGCGCAGGUGGAGACGAGCCCGAGGCGGUGCUGGCAGAAGGUGCUGUACGAGCGGCAGCCCUUCCCCGAUAACUACGUGGACCAGCGGUUCCUGGAGGAGCUGCGGAAGAACAUCCACGCCCGCCAGUACCAGUACUGGAACGUGGUCUUCGAGUCCGGGGUGGUGGUGCAGCAGCUCUGCAGCGUGUGUGUCUUUGUUGUAACGUGGUGGUACAUGGACGCCGGGGUGCUGAGCCCGCAGGGGCUGUUUGGGGCAGCCCUGCUCACUUCUCUGCUUGGCUAUGUCCUCUUUGAUGCCGUUGACGCCGGGGUCGGGCGGCGGCAGAGCGGGCGGACACGAUGGGCAGACCUGAAGAGCACGCUGGUGUUCACCGCCUUCACCUAUGGCUUCUCACCAGUGUUGAAGACACUGACGGAGUCCAUCAGCACGGACACCAUCUAUGCCAUGUCGGCCUUCAUGCUCCUCGGCCACCUCAUCUUCUUCGACUACGGUGCCAACGCCGCCAUCGUGUCCAGCACGCUGUCCCUCAACAUGGCCAUCUUCGCCUCGGUGUGCCUGGCCUCUCGUCUGCCUCGCUCCCUCCACGCCUUCGUCAUGGUCACCUUCGCAAUGCAGAUCUUUGCCCUCUGGCCCAUGCUGCAGAAGAAGCUGAAGGCCCGGACGCCAUACUGCUAUGUGGGGGUGACCGCGCUGUUCGCGUUGGUUGCCCUUGUGGGGCUGGCGAGCGUCUCCAGUGUGGGUGCUGUGCUCUUUGCCUCGCUGCUGCUCUCCGUUUCCUGCCUCUGCCCUUACUGCCUCAUCCGGCUUCAGCAGCUCAAGGACAACAUCCACGGGCCGUGGGAUGAGGCUGAAAUCAAGGAGGACCUCUCCAGGUUCCUCAUGUAGGGGGGAAGCGGUGCCUUCUGCUUUGAGGGGCCUUUUUGGGGCACAGCUCCAAGGGGACACCCAACCCAAUAAAGACUCGCACUACAGCAGGGACUGCA